AUGCGCCCACGGCCUGCAUCUUCCAUGCAGAAGACGUAUGAUGAGUGUUAUCUGCUAUGCUCAACUGCCGUUUACUUUGAGGGCCAAAGCAACGAAGAGGAAGCAUUGCGGUCCUGGAGAUCCGCACUUGAAACCAUUUACCAUCACAAUGCUCGCCGUGUCCCGUCAAAUUACAUCCCCAAGUCAGAAACCGAAAAGGCCCUGCAGGACUCCAUCCGGGCGUUAGAGGUCCAAUGCCGUGAACGGGUCGACCUAUUAUCUGCCCUAAGGGAUAGUCGAAAGGAGUCCGCUGAGGCUAACGGUGGCAAGGACCCAUCCCUCAAAGGCAAGUCCACUGCCAGCGCAACUACACAAUCAUCUUCCAACUCCCCUGGUUGGAUCGGAGACGGCACGAUUCCGGUCGUUGGCUACACAGAUCUCUCUAAACCAGCCGCAAUACCUGGACGACCAUCAAUAACGAAAGCACACUCUGAAUCGACCAUCCCACAUGAUGACUCUGCUACUAUGGGCCUGUCACCGGGAGAAUCGCCUGCGCUCCGCGUGAAUUCCAACUCUUCGAGCAAAUCCAAGUCCCGCGGCUCCAGUCCUGAACGCCGGAAGGGAAUGCUGACGACACUGCGGGAUGGAAAAAGAAGAAAUCCAAGGUUAGAGUCGCGGCCGGCCGCCUCCAAAGCUGCUGGUCUUGCCUGGGGCAAUCUAUAUCUCUAUCGGACACCGUCAGGUUCGAAGCCUGUGAGCGAUCUCGCUCGAAUUUCAUCGCAACGGAGUGCGGCGAAUGACCCGAGCUUCCGUCGUGACCCAGAUUUCAAAUCUGGUUCUGGGGAUGAGCCCUCCACGGGGAGGCUUCCACAAUCGAGAGACUCUGCCGGCGACCGGAUUCCGGCUGCUCACUGGCGGGAGCCUCAACACCCUACUCCUAGACGACCCUCGCCUCGACAUUCUGCACAGCAACAUGCCGGCCCGUCACAUUCAUCUCCUGAAAUCCGCAGACGCCCUCCUUCUGAGGGAUCUCUAGUGAUGCCAGAACCGACAGACUUUGCCACCCCAAGAUCCCCUCCAACCCCCAAACCAUCUGUCAAACCCAAGCCUGUGUCUUUGCGAUCCUCGCUUCCACCCCCACCUCGCGCGACACCAGUGACUAAAUCUGAAGGCAAUUCCCAUUCUACGACACCUCGUCCGCAACGAGAAGUAUUGAAUAAUAGUAGCAAGCCACGAACAAAGUCUACACCACGGACAAUAAAAUCUGGAGAUUCGGCCUAUAUGUCUCCAUCUUCGGGUAGUGAUGACCUUCAACGUGGAGUCCAUCGAAUGAACAUUUCAGCAGUAAGCGACGAUAGGGGAAUUCGGCGCAAAACAGCACCAGUCAAGCGGCGAGAGACGCCACCAUCCAGUGAUCAAGAGUCAUCUGAACAGCGCUCGACAGAAGAUGAGGAUGAGGAUGAGAAGAUUAAGAACAACGACGUAGAAAUCUUGAGCAAGUUGCCGAGGGGCGUGGACUUACAAUCAGCGCGGCAAAUCUUGAACGACAUCGUUGUUCGUGGCGAUGAGGUGCAUUGGGACGAUAUUGCUGGGUUAGAAGGAGCCAAGAAAGCGCUCAAAGAGGCAGUAGUCUAUCCAUUUCUUCGUCCUGAUCUCUUUUCUGGUUUGCGUGAACCCGCGCGCGGCAUGCUGUUGUUCGGUCCUCCAGGAACUGGCAAGACCAUGCUCGCUCGGGCAGUUGCCACUGAAUCAAAGUCGACAUUCUUCUCCGUGUCUUCGUCAAGCCUGACAUCGAAAUGGCAUGGUGAAAGCGAGAAACUUGUCCGUGCUUUAUUCGCACUCGCCAAAGUCCUUGCUCCUUCCAUCAUAUUUGUCGACGAGAUUGAUUCGUUACUGUCUGCGCGGUCCUCUGGAUCUGAGAAUGAAGCUUCACGCCGAUCAAAGACUGAGUUCCUGAUUCAGUGGUCUGAUCUUCAGCGUGCUGCAGCAGGUCGUGAGCAAACUGCUCGUGAUAAGAAAGAGGGUGAUGCCAGCCGAGUACUGGUGUUAGCAGCUACUAAUCUACCCUGGGAUAUUGACGAGGCUGCCCGUCGUCGUUUUGUUCGUCGUCAGUACAUUCCCUUGCCGGAGUUGCAUGUCCGUGAGCAGCAGAUACGCAGGCUCCUUAGUCACCAACACCAUGAACUCACUGAUGCGGAUAUUCAAGUCCUGAUUCGUGUGGCAGAAGGCUUCUCCGGGUCGGACAUAACAGCUCUUGCCAAGGACGCCGCAAUGGGUCCCUUGCGUAACCUCGGCGAAGCCCUUCUUCACACGCCCAUGGACCAAAUCCGUGCUAUUAAAUUUGAAGAUUUUGAGGCGAGCCUUCUCUCUAUUCGACCUAGUGUGUCACCAGACGGAUUACGCAAGUAUGAAGAGUGGGCAAAGGAGUUUGGUGAACGGGGUGGGUAA